AUGGCGAAGGCUGCCGAAUACUUGAUUGGCUUUUUCAGUAUUAUAUUACGUAUCGGCUUGAUGCAGACUAAUUUACCGAAGUGGCUACAGUCCAGAAAUGAAGUAGUAACACCACUAACUUCGUGGGAAAGGGUUGAAGAAGGCUUAGCCUUGCAGGAUCAGCAUAUUUCACCAUAUUCAGGAGAUCUAUUUCAUGAGACCCCAUUAGCCUUGAGAGGACUGAAGAUUGCUAACUAUUGUCCGUGGGGUGUCAGUGGGUUCUUUUUGCUGAUUGACAUCAUUACCAUGGUGUUUCUGCGCAAAGUAGCAGUAACAUUUAGAGAGCACUUGCUUGAUGACCAAAAUGUGAACAAGGAAACAUACUCACCAAAGGCAGAGUCCUUGUUACUGACCCCAAAACAGUUGUCAUGGCUGCCAAGCGUUAUUCUUGCAGUACAUGCUUUGAAUCCAUUCAGCAUAAUGACAACGUUAGCGUUGUCCACAGGGGCCAUAACCAACCUAGCCAUUCUCUUGGCUUUCUAUUACCUGAUAGCAGGCAACCGACUGCUGUGUACCUUGUUUAUAUCCCUGGCCACCUACCAGGCAUUUUAUCCAGUCGUGUUUCUUGUUCCUGCUGGGCUUCAGUUCUACAAGAACAAGCGGCCACAGUCCUCGACAAAAUCCUAUGUCAGCAGGGAAGCUGUCACCAGCUAUUUUGAAACCUGCAGCUUGUGUUUUGUUUUUCUUGGUCUUCUACUUGGGGCUUCAUUUUUAGCAGAGGGCUCAUGGGAGUUUCUUCAGUCCACUUAUGGAUUCAUACUGAGUGUCCCGGACCUGACUCCCAACACUGGAGUUUUCUGGUACUUCUUUACUGAGAUGUUUGAUCACUUCCGGACUUUCUUUGUCUGUGUGUUCCAGUUGAAUGCGGUUGUGUAUACAGUACCACUUGCAGUCAAGUUUACAGAGAAGCCAGUGUUCCUCAUGUAUAUUCUCUUGGUACUGACUGCCAUAUUUAAGUCAUAUCCCAGUUACGCUGAUGCUGCCCUCUACUUUAGCUUGCUGCCCUUGUGGAAGCACACGUUUUCUUAUUUACGCAACACCUUGGUGGUGGCGGGGAUGUUCAUUACCUGCAUGGUCCUAGCUCCCAUCCUCUACCAUCUGUGGAUCUUUGCUGGCAGUGCAAAUGCAAACUUUUAUUUUGCUAUAACUCUGACUUACUCAACAGCACAGAUUUUUCUAGUCACAGACAUACUGUUUGCUUAUCUGAGGAGAGAAUAUGAUCUUUAUCAUGGAACCGAACACAAAAAUGCUGAUGGUACAAAAGCCCAAAUUGUAUUGGAAUGA